AUGAGCAACCACAGCAGCAGCAGCACCUCAGACUUCAUCUUGCUGGGUCUUUCUUCCAAUCCCUGGAUGCAGAAACCCCUUUUUGGCAUCUUCAUCACAAUGUACCUUGUCACAGUGAUGGGGAAUGUGCUCAUCAUCUUGGCCAUCCAUUCUGACUCCAGGCUCCAUACCCCCAUGUACUUUUUCCUCAGCAACUUGUCAUUCAUGGAUAUCUGCUUUACAACAGUCAUUGUGCCCAAGAUGCUAGUGAACUUGCUCUCAGAGACAAAGACUAUCUCCUAUGUGGGAUGCCUGGUUCAGAUGUACUUCUUCAUGGCCUUAGGGAACACUGAUAGCUACCUGCUGGCCUCCAUGGCCAUUGACCGACUGGUGGCCAUCUGCAAUCCUUUACUAAGAAUCAUUGUCACUGUGCUCAGGAUCCCCUCUGCAGCUGGAAAGUGGAAAGCCUUCUCUACCUGUGGCUCCCACCUCACUGUAGUGACCCUGUUCUAUGGGAGUAUCAUCUAUGUCUACUUUAGGCCUUUGUCCAUGUACUCUGUGGUGAAGGACCGGGUAGCUACUGUUAUGUAUACAAUAGUGACACCUAUGAUGAAUCCUUUCAUCUAUAGCCUGAGGAACAAAGAUAUGAAGAGAGGUUUGAAGAAGUUAAUGGAUAGAGUUCACUCAUAG